CAAAAUGGAGACUGUAGGAAUUCGACAUUUCUUGGUGCUUCUUUCCACUGUGAAAUUACUAGAUGGUGGAUCUCUAGACCUGAUUCAGGUCGUACCACAAAGCCCGCUCAAAGUCCAAGUAGGAGCCACUGUACAUUUCAACUGCUCCGUCAACACAGAUAUCAUUCCCCCAGAGACUAUGGUAUGGGAUUAUAACAAAGAAUUAGAACCCAAAGUCGCAAUCCGCAGACUGGGAAUGAACUUGUUGCAAAUAAAAAUAACGAAAGUGGCCUUAGUGGAUUCAGGGACCUUGAGGUGCAAGGCUGAAAACCAGUACAGAGUACCACAGUUCAAGGAAAUAAGUUUAUGGGUGCUAGAAAAAAAAGAGAAUGCUUGCACUGGUUCAAUGCAGUACAAAUGUACAUCAGGCGAGUGUAUCUUCCUUCCAUUUCGGUGUGACAGCAUUGUGCAUUGCGAGGAUGCUUCUGAUGAAAUUGGAUGCAAGCCAUCCUGUUCCAUGGGAUUUCUGUGCAAGAACAAAAACUGUAUUGGUGCUAGGUUAGUGUGCGAUAGGUACAGCGAGAACCAUUGUGGCGACUGGUCCGAUGAGAACAACUGCAUGUAUAAAAGAACGGAUCCGCGAAAAAUACUUGACAAGACAGAGGAGGACGAAAUGGAUUGGCUUCGGACAACUGUAUACACAGCAGUCGGCUGUAUCAUUGCGAUGGUCCUCAUCAUCGCCAUAUUGAUUGUGGCAAUUCUCCGCAUCCGGAUGAAAAGAGAGCAAGCACGACUAGCACAACUUGACCGAACACCGAUACAAACUGUUGGGACAGUGGGUCCCGUGAGUACCAGCACCAUCGGUACGAUUGAUACCUCUAGUCCGUACGUCCAGCGGUGUCCUCCAUCGAUGGACACAGGCAUAGGCGACACCUUCGAGUCGUCAGAGGCGACAAUACACGCAGAGCUGUCAUCCCUAAUAGUCGAAGCCCCACCGCCUUAUAUUGAGCAUGACCCACAUCUUCCGUGUGAUGAGGAGGCUCCACCUCCGUACGAAACGAUGGAUGGUAGACGAACAGAACGCAGGCAGCGUUCUUCUGAUAGAAGCCGGACAACGCAACGGAAAGAGCAUCGUCAUCACUCCCCACGGAUUUCCCCCGGACGGUCGCCUCGUACAGACUCUAGGCAAGGGGCUACUGUUCCCUCACCAUAUGUGCCCAUGUUGUAUGAAGUGUCCUUAUGAGGUUUGAGGGAAUAAAACCUUUUGUGUUCAAGAUAAACUCAAGAACUCUCAAAAAUAAGAGUAACAGUGAAAGGUAGAGAAAAAUUCAUGAAGUGUAAUCAUUGAUUGAUUAUGCCCUUAGGGGUACUAUAAAAAUGUACAGUUUUAGAAAUUCUCGUCACACCUUUUUGGCAAUUUUGUGGAUGAAGAAUUUCUCCUGAAGCCCCCCAGUUUUUGAGAGGUCAACUUUCUGUGAUAGGUGUCUCUGAGCUGUCUUUUCCUGCUCACGGAAUCUCUAUCCAUUGUUCAUUACUUAAAUCAAAAGGUGCGUGCAAUAUGUUUGAUCUUAUUGACAGAAGAAGAUAGAAUUGAAAUAUGGAAUAGAAUUUUCCAAACGUUUGGUAUGUCAGAACAUUGCUGUCAGUUUAUGCACAAUGUUUCUGGCAUUAUUGUCAGUUAUAGAUGGCAUAGUUAUGGUACACAGAACCACAAACCUGCAGGUUUUUCCAUGGAGACCAUACAGCCAACUCUAUUCUGAUGAUCGUUUUUGGACAUUUUCUGUCACCUUGGUUUAUCCUUGUGUGCAAUUUUACGGAACACACAUCAUAAUGGUAGUUAAGCCACUGCCCCUGUUGAUUUAGCAUUGAUAUUAUCCAUUCUUGGGAUAUGUUGAAUAUUUCACCAGAUUGUAAUUUUUGGUGCCAGUGUACUUUAUAUGAUAUGUACAUGUAGGUUCAGUAUUGUUUAUGUGGAUUCAUCAGAUUUUAUAUAAGAAUUGUGAUGCAAAGAUGUCAUGUUUAGUCAUCAGUAUUUUGUUUUCAGUCAUGUGGUGUCAAUUGGCAGACAUGUAGAUUAUAUUAUUCUGGAAUGGACCAGGGAUCGAAAUUCUCAGACUCGAAAAGUAGUUGCUGAAACUUGAUAGGGUUGAGCUCUUGAUUUUUCUGAACAGUUUCUUUUUGUUGAGCCAGUGUUGAGAUAUCUAGUAGGGUUAUAAUAGCUGUACUAGUACUACUAGAGUAAGUAAUAAGGCAAGAGUAAUAAUGGUAGUGUCUUUGUGGCAGGAGCUCCAAAAGCCGUGCAGAUAAGUACAUGUGCUAAUGAAGAAAAAUCGUUUAACAAUGUUUAAGGGGGAAUUUAAAGUCAAGUUGAAUUUUCAUCUCUGUUGCUUGGUUAUCAAUUGUAGUGAAAAUUGUAUUUGUGAGGCAUCGUCCACUUAUUCUGACGCACAAAUAAGCCAGUAUGGUGAUCCUCAGUGGCAGAUCCAGAUAUUUUGGAUAGAGGGGGUUGCAGCCAAACCUAGAAGAGAGACCGAAGGUUUGAUCUUAGCAACAAAAAGGGUUGGAACCUACCCGAACUAUUUUUAAAAUAAUUUCGGUGCCAAGAAGCCAUUUUCCUGGCAUCUGAGGGCCGGUUCUUUCCGACAAUAUGGCGCGUGCAUAUUGUGCGCCCCCUAACUCUGCCACUGACCCUCUGUCUUGUAGUUUGGUAGUGGUAAGUUAGUGAGUACCAAAGAGUGACAGUUUGAUACCUGUUGAUGUAAUGUCUCCUGGUUGUAUAGUUAGUGUCCCCAUGGAUGGGUCUGUGUGAUUCACUUUUAUAAGGUUAGUAGCACAUCAUUUUUUGGCUCUGGCAUUGUUGUUCUACAUCAAUAAAUUGGCCUGUGGAGUACAUUAGUUGUCGCCAAUGCAGAACACUUGUCCAAGGCGUGUUACAACAACAGGACAAUUGACCUCGCUCCAGGCAGCCUUAACAGUGGCUGCUACAGUAUAUGAUAUUGUCAUACCUAAUAGGAUCCAGGUAUGAAGUCGAAUUUUAUACAAUAUUUUGACCCAAUUAAAAGUUAGGGUUAAUGAUAUUUUCCCUUCGAAUCGACUAUUGGCAGCCAUGACCACCAUUGUAGUACGGUAGCCCAAAUACAGAAUAAUUCAUAUACAUUGUACAUCGAUAUUGUAUUUUUGGCC